CAACAGAAAGAGAGAGAGUGGUACAGAGAGACAGGAGGAGAGCUCAGAGUAAUCGUAGGAGGACAGAGAAGGGAACUUGUGUCAGCGUGGGUGCUGGGAGCAGGAGAAUGACAUGCUGGAUAAAGGGGCAGCGAUGAUGUCCAGUACCACAUUCAAAAUGUCCAGUUCACAGUGAGAGCUUCCUGUCAUAACAACGCUAGAUCCUUCAAGACCCAUCAGAAGAAGCAGACAGCAUGCAGAACCUCCGACAUGCAGCUUCUGAGGCUUUCCAGCGUCUCGGGUUAAAACAAAGACAUCUGGGCUAUGAGGAGCUGGGUGAGCUGAACGGGGUGGAGAAACCACAGCCGCACUGGUUUCACACGCUGCAGGUGCGACGGCUCAGAGUUCAGAGGGGCCGCAGUAACAGCGAUCCUAUGGGAGGAAAGAGCUUCCAGCAAGAGUUCCAGUGGAAAACUGGCCUGCAGUUUGGGAAUGCAACAUCUUAUCUGAAUCUUGAAAAACUUGGAGAAGGGACAUAUGCCACAGUGUACAAAGGAAUUAGCAGGAUAAAUGGUCAUCUUGUGGCUUUAAAGGUGAUUCACAUGAAAACUGAGGAAGGAAUUCCAUUCACAGCUAUUAGAGAAGCCUCUUUGUUAAAGGGCCUUAAACAUGCCAACAUCGUCUUGCUUCAUGAUAUCAUUCACACGCGAGAGUCUCUCACCUUUGUCUUUGAGUACGUGCAAACAGAUUUGGCUCAAUACAUGAUUCAGCAUCCUGGCGGGCUUCACUCGUACAACAUCAGGCUCUUCAUGUUUCAGUUGCUGCGAGGAUUGUCUUACAUUCACAGCAGAAGAAUUCUGCAUCGAGACCUCAAACCUCAAAAUUUGCUCAUCAGCUAUUUGGGGGAGCUCAAAUUAGCCGAUUUUGGUCUGGCCCGCUCUAAGUCCAUACCGUGCCAAACAUACUCAGCUGAGGUUGUGACUUUAUGGUACCGCCCGCCAGAUGUUCUCAUGGGUUCCACUGAUUACUCCACAGCCCUGGACAUCUGGGGAGCUGGCUGUAUUUUUGUCGAGAUGCUACAGGGGUCACCAGCGUUUCCAGGAGUAGCUGAUGUCUUUGAGCAGCUGCUGAAGAUUUGGGCCGUCCUCGGGGUCCCGACUGAGGAGAGCUGGCCAGGCGUCAGUGAUCUGCCAAACUAUAAACCAGAGUGGUUCCUGCCCUGCAAGCCCCAGCAAUUUCGAGAUGUCUGGAAAAGACUCGCUCAGUUACCCUAUAAGACGGAGGAUCUGGCCCAGCAGAUGCUGAUGAUGAAUCCAAAGGACAGGAUUUCAGCCCAGGAUGCAUUGCUACACCCAUAUUUCAACACUCUUCCACCUCCAUUAAUGCAUCUAAGGGACACUGUGUCCAUCUUUAAGGUGCCGGGUGUGAGGUUAGAGACGGAAGCGAGGGAUAUCUUCAGCCCCAGCAGACGAAUGAAAUCGCCUCUUGCUCCGCUGGCCAAGUGCUGGUGAAAGUCUCACCUUUUUGUAAAUAGUUGGUGUGCUUGUAAAACCGAAAAACGCACCAGCAUGAGUAAACGUGACCCUGUUGCAGCAUGUCGGUCAGUUUGUGUGUUGUUUAUUCACAUCUUAAUCGGCUUAAUCAAACGUUUCUGAAAGAAUAUCAGAUUCUCUUUCAUAAGAUAAGAUCGCGUUUUUACAAUUUGGACCUGUGUUACCUGAAAAAAUUAUAAUAAUAAUAAUUUUAUGGUUGAUCAUGACAUGAUUUUACCUCUGUAUUUCAUAUGCGUUCUACAUCUCCAACUCCAACUAACGUAGGAUUGCAUUCAUACGUUCGUAACUUGAAUGUGUGAGGCUUCCUGUCAUUUUAGCUGUACAAAAAAAAUCCUUUAUGCUGCUUGAUGUUGCAAACUGGUAUUCAUCGUGUUAUUUUAAUGUAUAAUAAUAAUAAUCAUGAACGCACCAGUUUGUUGCACAGAUAGUUUUAUCAUUUACUGCAUUUUCUUAUUCUUCUAGCUGGUGCAGCUAAUUUACCUGAAGUCUCACAUAUUCACAGAAAAUAGCUUUGUGUUGCAAAAUAAGCUGAGAGAGAGGAUCACAGAUGCUUUCCAGCCUCUCUGCAAACUGAUGUCCAGAGACUGUUUACAGCACACUUCCGUUGUGAAUAGCACUUAUUAAUUUUAUACGUAAUUUAGUUUUUGUACAUUUUGCACAGAAAAGAGACGAAGAGUGUGCGAGAGAGACGAUUUGGCAAUGCGAUAUGAAAAUAUGUGGAAGAAUAUACCUACUAAUAUUUCAAAGCUCUAUUGUGUCGUGUGCAGGUGAAAAAAAAAUGACUUGUAUGCAUUCAUAAAACACACCUGGAGAGAGUCUCACCAGAAAUGACCUGUUUUUGUACAGCACAUACUCAUAUUUCUCCUGUACGCUGAUGGCCACUGCGUCGAAACAUGUUCAGAACUGUUUUUAGCCGUGUUUGUAUCAAGUUCAUAAUUAAUAGUUUCUGUAUCCUUCAAAUUUUUUACAUGUUAGCAAUGUCUGUUUUUGAUGUUGAGAUUCAACACAUGCGCUGCUUCCCAGUCAGUGAUAUUAAAAAGAGAUGUACAGCAAUAUUGAUCACCAACAUUAAAAAAAUAUAUAUUGUUUCAUAUAAUAGAAACAGUCACAUUGCCAGUCACUCAGUGCUGAUGUCGUGAAUGAAUGUGCCUGAGUACUUCCACACACUUCAACAUAACGCAAUACUGUGAAACCUGGGUGUGCGUUCAUACAAUUCUAUACAGUUCCACUGUGUUUUGACUUCUGAAUAAAUAUUGUAAAAAUGACACCAGUAAA